AUGGCUGAAAAAGUUAGUGGAAACACUAUAUUAUUCAAUCAAACUAAAAGGGAAUUAUUUUCAUUGGGAAAUGGAUUUAAAGUUUGGAACAGAAGGCUGAGGAAUAAUUGGAAAGUUGCUCCCCUCAAAGAUGAAAUAUCAAGCGAUAGCCUCAAUGGUGCAAGACUUUAUAUAAUGCCAGGUUGUCGAGAAAAAUUCACAGUUACAGAGUUCGAUCAAAUUAAGCAAUACAUAUCAGAUGGAGGAAGUGUUCUUGUUAUGCUUGGAGAAGGCGGUGAAACUCAUUUCAAUACAAAUCUAAAUUAUUUAUUGGAAGACUUUGGUAUCAUGGUUAAUAGUGAUGCAGUUGUAAGAAGUGAAUAUUUCAAAUAUUUUCAUCCAAAAGAAGCACUUGUAAGCAACGGUGUUCUCAAUCGGGCUAUCAGUCAUGCGGCAGGAAAAUACAUUCCUGGACUUGACGAUUCAAGUGAAAAAGAUGAAAUAAAUUCAGUAUCACAAACUUUACAAUUUGUAUAUCCAUACGGAGCGACUUUAAAUGUUGCCAAACCAGCUACAUCAGUACUUUCAACAGGAUCGGCAUGCAUUCCAGUCAACAGACCGAUUCUUGCUAUGCAUCAGUCUAAGGGUGGAGGAAAAUUAGCUGUUCUGGGUUCAGUUCACAUUUUUUCUGAUCAAUAUCUCGACAAAGAAGAAAACAGCCGAGUCAUGGAAGUAUUAGUGCAAUGGCUAACAACUGAUGAAAUACAACUCAAUGCUAUUGACGCAGAAGAUCCAGAAAUAUCAGAUUAUAAUAUGUUGCCACAUACCCAAAUAUUGGCAGAAAGAUUGAAGGCUUGCUUGCAAGAAGGCGAAGAAGUUCCGAGUGACUUCACACAACUGUUUGAUAGAAAGUUAUACAAAAUGGAUAAUUCUAUUUUACCGAAAGUAUUAUCAGCGUUUGAUGACCUCAAGAUAAAACAUGAACCCCUGACGUUAAUUGCACCAAAUUUUGACACCCCGUUGCCGCCAUUACAACCAGCGGUUUUCCCACCGGAAUUUAAUGAUCUCCCUCCACCAGCUCUUGAUUUAUUCGAUUUGGAUGAGUGUUAUUCAUCUGAGAAAGUGAGACUCGCACAAAUCACGAACAAGUGCAAUGAGGAUGAUCUUGAGUAUUAUGUUCGUGAAUGUGGAGAAAUACUCGGUGUCACGUCUAAACUACCAAAAGGGGCACAGAGUGCGAAACAUGUUCUUGAAUAUAUUUUCAACGAAGUUGUCGAGUACAAGAAACUAAAUCGAGAAAGAGAGUACGAAACACCUGACGGUAUUGAGUAAGAUGGUUUAGUACUGAUGAUAUUGCUAUCUUUUUGAUUCGUCCAAUUAUAGUUGCAAACCAUUAUUUGCCAGACAACACCCAUUAUGAAGUGUAAAGCUCAAUAAUACAUUUUCCCUCACGCUGCUUCUACAUGUAAUUCUCUCUCUGUAGUCUGUAUUAUCAAACUGUGAUGAAAAAUUCCUCAACAUUGUUUGUACUUUUUUGUUAAUAUAUUGUGAUGUACGGUAAAUCAUAUACAUAAUCCUGGAGAUGGAGAAAUUGCAUGAUAUCCAAACAAAAAGAUUUUAAAUGAAUUUCUUGAGUGGCAUAUAGGUUUUGCAUGACACAUUCACAAAUUUUAUUUUGUAGCGUUUCAUCUGACCCUAGUUAGACUUCCCCCAACAAGCCAGUAAUUUUAUUUAAAUUGCUAGAGGUUUACGACUAUUUGAUAUUCAAUUUAUCACUUUGUAGCUAUUACAAUGCAUUUCUUUUCUUGUUAUGCAAUUUCCAAAUGAAUACAGUUUUACAGUCAUUCAUGUGAUUCUGCGUUUUGAGAAAUACUCCAUGUAUAUUUUUUAUAGCAGGCAUUUUCUGUAUGGUACUCUGGCAUUUAUAUCACUGUAUAUCUUGUGCUAUACUAAUACUUGUACAUUGUUAUCUAUGAUUACCCAAAGUUCAAAAUUUGCAUUCAAGAGAACCGGUCUUCAUAUGAAAGCACACAUUUGUAUGUGAUUAGGAUUAAUCUUUGUAGCCUUUCUUAAAAUUUUUUCAAUGACUGUAUAUUUUUUUGUUUAUUUGUAAGGGUAGUUUGUAGUAUUCUUAGAUAAUAAUAAAAGUUGUUAUUUUUGUAUA